CGGGAACGCGAGGAGUGAAGUUGUAUUAUUUGUUUUAUUUUGUCUAUUUAGUGUUUCUUCAGGUUGAAAUGUGUAAUAACGGUGGUUUAUGGACUGCUUUGUGUCUGUGAAAGUGCACAAAUGUGGGAAAAUCAAACAAAGAAGCUGAAGUGAAUCUGUGAAUGCAACACUCUGCAAUGUGUUCCAAGUUAAAAUUUUAAGAAUGGAUUUGAAAACUUUAGCUAAUGAAAUUGAAGAUGUAUUAGACCCCGCUUCGAUGGAUAAAGUUUUAAUGUACUAUAAAGAUGUACAAGAAGAAGACGAAGAAUUUAUGCAAAUAUUAUUUGAAAACUUGAGGAAUGAAACUGUAUAUUGGUUACAACCAUGGUAUCAAUUAUCAGGAUGUCUCACAAGACGUCUUGAUGAAACAGAUGAAAAAAAUGAAGAAAAAUACCGCUCUGAUCCAAUUUGUAAAGAAGAGGACGAAAAAAUAAAAAAAAAUUGGCGGAAGUUAAUAAAGAAAUAUGGAUUACCUGACAAACUUAUUAGUUUUGCGCGUUGGAAAAAUAAAGAAAGAUCUAAGAACCCGAAUAGUAAUGAGGAAAGGGUAAGACGAUUUGUUGCAUCUUACUUAGCUCGAGGUCUUGAAAGAACUGUACAGCAAGUUUUCAAAUAUAUAAUAAGCCAUUUAAUUGAACCAUCAAAAAGACAUUAUACAGCUGAAGAGGAAAAAAUAAUGGAAGUGUGUUUCACACAUCAACCUCACAAUGCAGUCAUAUAUUUAUCUGCUAUACUUGGUAGAGAGCCUAGGGGUAUUUAUAAAAGACUGCAUUAUUUAUUUAAAGGUUGUAAAGAAACAAAGCGUUUAAAGUGGACCAUUCCACUAGCCACAAAAUUGGUAAAAUCGAUUAUGAUGCAUACUGGAUUACCCUUGGAAGAAUUGAAAUACCAGACAUUUGAUAAAUCUGUUUGGUUGAAAGUUCAAGAAGACAUGAAUCAAAAUUACAUUGCCUUAUCAAAGUUUUGGUACACAUAUUUACAUGUACAGAUCUUUGCAAAUUAUGAUGUGAAAUUAAAUAAGCUGAAGAAAAAAGUUUACAGGGUAUUGCGAGAGUCACAUUACCAAGUGUGGACUGACAUUAGGUGGAAAGAUGUUUUGAAACAUUUUCCAGACGGUUUUACGCAUUUAUUUUUAUAUAAAAUAUGCUCAACGACGUUUGUGAAACACCCCAAUUAUUUAAAAAUACCCAUUGAAAAAAUUAUAGAGAUAGGUUUAAAAAAAGCAAAAAUGAUCCGAUUUAACAACAGACGACUGAAAACUUUGAAAUUAGGUGACGACGGGAAUCUAGAAAGAGUGUCAUAUCAUUUAACAAAAAAAAAGGAAUGAUUAAAAAUCCUAAAUGAU